AGUGACUUAGAUCUUUGCAGUUAAACGUAUUGAUACAUCUGGAAUUGUCUAUCAGUUUCGCAGAGAGUCUGGUUUCCAUUUUCACUAUGAAGGUGUUACUUCUUCUCUGGUGUCUUUAUGUGGUUGCAUCAGCAACUGAGCGAGCACCUUCCUAUCUGAUUACUGCCCCGAAUAUCAUUCACAUUGGGGUGGAGGAAACUGUCACUAUUCAACUACAUGAUGGCAUUGACACUGUUCACUUUCAAGUUUAUUGCUGGGACAUAAUCAGAAGGAAGAAAUGUUCAGAGACGGCAUUUUUUACACUAACUUCAGCAAACAAUUUCCAGGAGACAAAAACAAUCAUGGUUUCUCCAAAGAAGGUAAAGGAGCUUUCUCUGUGGCGACGUCGGCAAAAGUAUAUUUACCUGGCCGCUGAGAGUCGGGAACUUCUCCAGCAGCGAAGGAUGGUCCCUAUCAAACUGUCUGACAAAAAGGGUUACAUUUUCAUUCAAACCGAUCAGCCAGUUUACACCCCCGGCCAAACUGUAAUGUACAGAAUUUUUACGCUGGAUCACUACAUGAGACCAGUAAAUGAUAAACUGAGGGUUUCUAUAUACAACUCUCGCAACAUGCAACUCAUGGCUGCUAACUGGAUGUCAGAGAAAAUGAAAUUGCUCCGCACAAAAAUCCCUGAUAUUGAAGAGCCUGGAAAUUGGCGAAUAGAGGCAGAAUUUUUGGAUUCACCUCCGUCCAAAGUUUCAGCGCAAUUUGAAGUGAAGAAAUUCGUUCUCCCCAGGUUUGAUGUCAAGAUACAAGCAGAUCAAAUGUUCUACCUUGUGACCAAGGAGGAGUUCAAGUUCAAAAUAGUGGCAAUGCAUACAUUUGGGGAGGCUGUCGAGGGAAAGGCAUAUGUAAGGUUUGGAAUCCUUCAUGGAAGGAACAAGACGUACAUUGGAGGUCUUGAGCAAGAACUAACAAUGGUGAAGGGAGAGGUCAAGUCCUCUCUCAACACACAAAGGCUAUUGGAAAAAUCCAACCUGCUGUCCAUUGAUGAGCUUGUGGGUUUGCAUCUCUAUAUGGCAGUGACUGCUGUGGAAUUAGUCAGUGGUGAGAUGGAGGAGGUGGAACUCAGCAGCAUAAAGUUUGUUUCUUCACCAUACGUCAUCGAUUUAUCAAAAAACAAGCGCUUCUUCUCUCCAAAGUCUUUUUUCACUGUCAUCGCAACCAUAACCUAUCCGGAUGGGACUCCAGCUGUCAAUGUGUCAGUAAAUAUUGAUGGAGACCAAUCAACAAACACCAAUGAGCAGGGCCUUGCUGUCUUUCAAAAGGAGACUCCAGCAAAUGCAAGUGUUCUGAGUAUCAAGGUGACGGCUGGUGAUGGGAAAUCUGGGACAGAAUCCCAAGAAACAAUGGUGACAGCAACUGUCUAUCAAUCUCCCAGCAAGAGUUUUCUUCAUAUAGAGGCACCUCACAAGGUGCAGAAGGCGGGUCAAUACAUGAUUAUAGAAUUGACAGCUAUCACAGAACUGGGCAGCAGAGACAUUGAUUACUUUUAUUAUACUCUCUUAAGCAAAGGCAGGGUGAUUGCAUCUGAUAGGAUUCACAAGGCCGAUCCUACAAAGCUCCGCCUUCAAGUGGUACUUGACAUGGUACCCACGUUUCGCUUUCUUGCCUAUUAUUACAUUUCCACUGGAGGAAGAAAGGAAAUCGUGGCAAACUCGGUGUGGAUUGAUGUGGAGGAUCAGUGCGAGGGGCAGAUAGAAAUAACAGAAAGCGAUGUUCCCUAUGGACCAGGUGAUUCAUUUGACUUGCAAUUCUCUACCAACGAUGCAGCAAAUGUGUCUUUUGUUGCUGUUGAUUCAUCGAUGUACAUCCUAAACAACAAGAAUAAACUCUCGGUCCGCAAGGCAUUUGAAGCGAUGAAUGCUUAUGAUCUGGGAUGUUUCUAUGGAGGUGGAGUUAACAGCGUUGGUGUUUUCAGGGAUGCCGGACUGAGUUUUAUCUCUGAUGUGGAAGUAGCCUCUAUUAGACACGAAUACUCUUGCGGUAACGAGAUCAGGAGAAUGAGGAGGGAACUAAACCUACAGCGGCAAUUUGCUGGAAAAUUAAACGAAUACCCAGAUCACAGACUGCGGAAAUGCUGCACAGACGGCAUCACUCAGAUACUAAUGCAGCUUAGCUGUGAGAAGAGAGCAAGUCGAGUCAAGCAGGCAGAUUGUCAACAGGUUUUCAUGAGCUGCUGUAUCUAUGGAGUGGAACUGAGGAAGAAUCAGACGCUGAAGGCGAAUUCGAUAGCGCGGGCUGCUGUGAGUUUAGAGGAAGAAUUUUUCGAUGAAACUUCCGUUUAUGUGCGUAGCGUAUUUCCACACAGCUGGCUAUGGCAAACAGUCGAGGUUUACAAUGCAGGAGAUCACAAGUUAAGAAACUACAUUCCCGAUUCCAUAACUACUUGGGAAAUACAAGCAAUUGGCAUGUUUGCAAAUAAAGGAUUCUGUAUUGCUGAACCAAAGAAGAUGAAAGUGUUCAAACCAUUUUUUAUAUCCAUGAAGCUACCAUAUUCUGUCAAGAGGAAUGAGCAGUUGGAUGUGAGAGCAGUGUUGUACAAUUACCUGCCCGAAGAACUUGAGGUUUUCGUGUACAUGAGAGAAGCAGAGGGGCUGUGCAGUCCUGCUGUUUCAAGGAAUAAUGCAAGGAAAGUUCUGAUCAAAGCAAAUUCGGCUGCCUCGGUUCACUUUGCUAUUGCUCCAUUGGUCGUUGGCAACAUGCCUAUCAAUGUUAUUGCUUUCAGCAAUACCAUGAUGUACGAGGAUGCUGUGUUAAAAUAUCUUAAAGUUGUGCCUGAAGGUGUACUUGUGUCAGAAGAAUCAAGCAUCCUCAUAAAUCCCAAAGUGAGAAGCAGCUAUGAAAUAUUGGAAGCAGAGCCGUCUAACUUGGUACCUGACACUGAUAAUUAUAUGUACAUCCGAGCCACAGGGACAAUAAUGGGAGAGGCAGUGGAAAAUUCGCUAAGUGCUGCUGGAAUUGACAAGCUAAUCAAAGUGCCAACUGGCUGUGCAGAGCAAACAGCAAUGCAUAUGGCCCCUACAGUCUUUGUCGUCGAAUACCUCGACCAAAGCGAUCAGUGGCUGUCACUUAAAGCCGAACGCAAGGAUGAAGCAAUCUUUCACAUUGAAACAGGGUAUAAUAGGAUUUUGGGAUAUAAGAAAGACGAUGGGUCCUAUGGAGCCUGGAAAACUCAUCCGAGCAGCACAUGGUUGACUGCGUUUGUUGUAAAAAUACUCUCAAUGGCACGAGCACAAAUUGUUGUCAAUGACAAAUUCAUCCAGGAAUCUGUGGCCUAUCUCAUCCAUGAACAAAAAAUAUCUGGAGCAUUUGAAGAUCCCCAUCCAGUGAUAACCAGAGACAUACAGGGUGGAGUCAGUGGAACUGAAAAGGAUGUUUCCCUCACAGCGUUUGUGGCAAUAGCAUUGCAUCAUUCCUUGGCGGCUUUCCAACAGAAUAAUAUUGCAGAGAUUUCACGAGUGGUAAGAAUGCACCUUCUUUUACUUCUCUUUAUCUCACUUUACAACAAUUGGCAACUACAGAAAUAACUUUCAGCUGAUGAG